AUGUUAACCAGGAAACCUUCGGCCGCCGCUCCCGCCGCCUACCCGACCGGCCGAGGAGGGGACAGCGCCGCCCGCCAGCUGCAGGCUUCCCCCGCGGCGCUCGGAGCGGGGCCCCCCCGGAGCGGAGUGGGGACCGGCCCGCCCUCGCCCAUCGCCCUGCCGCCCCUCCGGGCCAGCAACGCUGCGGCCGCGGCGCACACGAUUGGUGGCAGUAAGCACACGAUGAAUGAUCACCUCCAUGUGGGCAGCCACGGCCACGGGCAGAUCCAGGUGCAGCAGCUGUUUGAGGACAACAGCAACAAGCGGACCGUGCUCACGACGCAGCCAAAUGGGCUCGCCGCGGUGGGGAAGGCGGGGCUGCCGGUGGUGCCGGAGCGGCAGCUGGAGAGCAUCCACCGGCGGCAGGGGAGCUCCACCUCCCUGAAGUCCAUGGAAGGCCUGGGGAAGGUGAAAGCCUCCCCGCUGACGCCCGAGCAGGCCAUGAAGCAGUACAUGCAGAAGCUGACCACCUUCGAGCACCACGAGAUCUUCAGCUACCCCGAGAUCUACUUCCUGGGUCCCAACGCCAAGAAGCGCCAGGGCAUGACGGGCGGGUCCAACAACGGCGGCUACGACGACGACCAGGGCUCCUACGUGCAGGUGCCCCACGACCACGUGGCCUACAGGUACGAGGUCCUCAAGGUCAUCGGGAAGGGGAGCUUCGGGCAGGUGGUCAAGGCCUACGACCACAAGGUGCACCAGCACGUGGCCCUGAAGAUGGUGCGGAACGAGAAGCGCUUCCACCGGCAGGCGGCCGAGGAGAUCCGCAUCCUGGAGCACCUGCGGAAGCAGGACAAGGACAACACCAUGAACGUCAUCCACAUGCUGGAGAACUUCACCUUCCGCAACCACAUCUGCAUGACGUUCGAGCUGCUGAGCAUGAACCUCUACGAGCUUAUCAAGAAGAACAAGUUCCAGGGCUUCAGCCUGCCUCUGGUGCGCAAGUUCGCGCACUCCAUCCUGCAGUGCUUGGACGCUUUGCACAAAAACAGGAUCAUCCACUGUGACCUGAAGCCCGAGAACAUCCUGCUGAAGCAGCAGGGCAGGAGCGGCAUCAAGGUGAUCGACUUCGGCUCCAGCUGCUACGAGCACCAGCGCGUCUACACGUACAUCCAGUCCCGCUUUUACCGGGCCCCGGAGGUGAUCCUCGGCGCCAGGUACGGCAUGCCCAUCGAUAUGUGGAGCCUGGGCUGCAUUCUGGCGGAGCUCCUGACCGGGUACCCCCUCUUGCCUGGGGAGGACGAAGGGGACCAGCUGGCCUGUAUGAUCGAACUGUUGGGCAUGCCCUCCCAGAAACUGCUGGAUGCUUCUAAACGAGCCAAAAAUUUCGUGAGCUCCAAGGGAUACCCCCGCUACUGCACUGUCACGACCCUCUCGGACGGCUCUGUGGUCCUCAACGGAGGCCGCUCCCGGAGGGGGAAACUGAGGGGCCCGCCGGAGAGCAGAGAGUGGGGGAAUGCACUGAAGGGGUGUGACGAUCCCCUCUUCCUUGACUUCUUGAAACAGUGUUUAGAAUGGGAUCCUGUGGUCCGCAUGACCCCCGGCCAGGCGUUGCGGCACCCCUGGCUGAGGAGGCGGCUGCCAAAGCCUCCCUCCGGGGAGAAGACGGCGGUGAAAAGGAUAACUGAGACCACUGGUGCUAUCACUUCCAUUUCCAAGUUACCUCCACCUUCCAGCUCCGCUUCCAAACUGAGGACUAAUUUGGCACAGAUGACAGAUGCCAACGGGAAUAUUCAGCAGAGGACAGUCUUGCCAAAACUUGUUAGCUGA